AUGAAUUAUAGCUCGUGUAAACAACUGGUGGUCGAGUGUACUAUGCAUUUACAACGAGGCCCUGUCAUACAAAAUUUUCCACUCAUUGUCUUCUCUUAUCGAUCACGAUCGAUAUCUCAUCUUCCUUUUCUAUCUCGAUGUCUCGUAAUUUAUUGAUAACCAUGAUUUACUUAUUAAAUACCAUAGUCCUCUUAUUGUUACUCUUAGUCCUGUUUUCUUCAUGUUGAAAAACCAAGAAGUACCUAGAAGAACGAUUAAACGUUCCCGGCGUGUAGACAUUCGGACUCGGAUACCAGAAAAAAAAAAUAGGAACACACACAUGGCUAAGUCUCAACAACACCAACACGACCAUGGUCAUAUCAUUUUUCCAUGAUAUCAUUUACUAGAACUAGUUCUUUGCUGUACUAUCUGAGUUUUCCUUUUCGGGUAAAAGCAUGCUAUUUUCCAUCUUGUUCAUAUUAUUCAUUUUCGUCUCGAGGAAGCGUUCUUGUUUGAUGUUAUUUUCGAUUGUUACUUGAAUUCAAGUACUUAACGUGAAGAUUUAUGGUUUUUUAGUUAUUUUUUUGUAGAAACUAGUCUUUGACUAUCAAUCUAUCGGACAGGCAAGGUUGUGAGUUGGACUCGAAUCCUAGCUAGUUUGAUUGAUAAGUGUGCAGGUCAACGCCUAAACCACUAAGCCAAGAACUGCGCAGUUAGCUUAGCGGUUGAGGCCUGUACACUUAUCACAUGGCUCAUCCAAAUACAGGAACCGCGCGCGCCACUUUUUUCAAUCAUUAUCUCAUCCUUUUAGGAAGUCAGCCCGCUCUUGAGUAUGGAAGAUGUGCAUUUGCUAAUUGCCGUGUUCAGAAAUAUUAACAACUUGUGAUGAAG